CAGCAGGAUCUGGCUCUGUUCUUGCUGUCAUCAUAAUCUCCCUCUUUCCUUCUGUGGGAUUAUCAUGGCUGUGAAGCAGGACGGCCUGUGACUGUCCACUGCUCUCUGCAGGCCUUUUCUUUAUGUUUUUAUUCUUGGUUUAAUUUGGUGAGACACUAGGAGCCAAAAUGCUGAACCAGAGUGCUGUGAUGAUCUUCACUGGGAUUUGUGGGGCGUUGGUGGUCAUGGCAAUGGCCUACUAUGUCUACUGGUCUGUAGUAUUGGCUGAAGGACCGUGUAAACGCGGCUUGUAAAAGGAUCCCACCGUGGUUGGUUGUAGUGUAUAGAGAGGAGCCUACUCCACUCUCCAGGCUCCUCAGCCAUGGCUCUACUCGACUACCUGAAGAGCCUGUUCAUCCUGCAGUUGCUGAUGGGCUUUGUGUUUGUGGUGAGCGGCCUCAUCAUAAACUUCAUUCAGCUCUGCACCUGCAUCCUCUGGCCAAUCAACAAGCAGCUCUAUCGCAGAAUCAACUGCCGGCUCUCCUACUCCCUCUGGAGUCAGCUGGUGAUGCUGCUGGAGUGGUGGUCGGGCACAGAAUGCACCCUAUACACCGACCAAGCUACGGUGGACAAGUUUGGCAAAGAGCAUGUCAUCGUCAUCCUCAACCACAACUUUGAGAUUGACUUCCUGUGUGGCUGGACCAUGUGUGAAAGAUUUGGCAUCCUAGGGAGUUCAAAAGUGCUAGCCAAACAUGAGCUACUGAAGGUUCCUCUGAUUGGCUGGACCUGGUACUUCCUAGAAAUAGUCUUCUGCAAAAGAAAGUGGGAGGAGGACCGAAAGACUGUCUUCAAAGGACUGACCAGGCUCAAAGACUAUCCUGAAUGUAUGUGGUUUCUGCUGUAUUGUGAGGGCACCCGCUUUACAGAGACGAAGCACCAAAUCAGUAUGCAGGUUGCAGAGAGUAAAGGCCUGCCCAAGCUCAAAUACCACCUACUACCCCGAACCAAAGGAUUCACCACCACACUGCAGUGUCUUAAGGGGACAGUAACUGCUGUGUAUGAUGUGACUCUCAACUUCAAAGACAACCAAACUCCCACUCUCCUGGGCAUCGUCAACGGCAAGACAUACAAAGCUGACAUGAGUGUAAGGCGGUUCUCUGUGGAUGAUAUACCAGAUGAUGAGAAAGAGUGUGCAAACUGGCUGCACAAGCUCUACCAGGAGAAGGAUGCCUUGCAGGAAACCUACAACAAGGAAGGCAAGUUCCCCGGAUCCACAAUUAUCACACGUCGCAGGCCAUGGACGCUGCUGAACUUCCUGUUUUGGGCCACCCUGCUGCUUUCACCCCUCAUCAACUUUGCUUGUGGAGUGGUUGUUAGUGGCUCCCCCCUCCUCAUAAUUGGCUUUAUCAUCUUCCUCAUCAUAGCCUCCAUAGCUAUCCGCCGCCUCAUAGGGGUCACCGAGGUGAAGAAAACAGGCUCCAGUUAUGGCAACCAGGAGGCAAAGAAACAAAACUAAAGUGUGUCACCCCCCUCCGUGUAAGGCCAUUUCUGUACGGUUGCCCUGUGGUGUCUCACCCCUACCCAACUCCAUUCUCCUCCUACUGUUGAGUCAGUUGGCAGGCCAGGAGGAGACCCAGCUGUGAAAACAUGAUAGAGACCAGAGUUAGAAAUACUAAUGGCACUAGAGUGAGAGAGAGCAUGGAAGGUCUGGGGUUCAAGCUCUCUGGUGUAACACAGAACAUAUGGAGGGGGAGAUGCAGUGCUUUAUUCCCCUGCAUCUUUCUUAUUCCAGCUAGCGACCCACUGUCCCCACCCAAGUCUCAUUAAAUCCCGGUAACACCCAAGGUUAAGCUCCUAACCUGUCUAAGGUCACAUGGACAGCCAGUCAGCCCAUUUCCUGCUCUGUGCUACCUACCGCCACUUCCUGUCACAGUCAUCAGCCAAUCAGGGAGUGAUGAUGUGCUCAUUCUUUGCCCACAAAACACAAGCCGAUCUGUAUCUGAUCUUUUUAAUCUUACCUCCAUCCAGGGGCAGUGCAUUUCUGCAACAGCGAUCUGUAACAUGCAGGACAUCUCCCUCCCUUUUUUUUUUUUACUAAGUGGGACUUGUAAAGGGAACCAGUGCCUUAAGGCCCAGCCUGGUUUCCUUAAUUUAAAGGGUUGGUUCAGCCAAAUCACAAAACAUUUACCAUUUAACUUUGAGAUAUCUAGCCAGGCAGAUAGUUUGGGUUUUUAUGCCCCCAGUGUCUGAGAUAGCCACCACUGACACUUCUACUGCCACCCUAGUACAAUGUAGGUUAAUGAAAUGUCCAUGGUGCUCAAAUCAUUGUAAAACAUUGUACAUUUGACACACUUAACAGCAGUGUGUCUUUCCAGAAACAAUGUCUCUGUUACUCUGGAUCAUUUCUGACAGUUUUCAUCUGUAACUAUAUGUCGAAUGUAAAAAAAAAAAAAAAAAAAAAAGAAAUAGUGAAAGAUGACCACCUUGACAUCCUUGGAUUAUCCAAAUAGUAGGCACACUGUUUCUGGAAAGAGACAUUGCUCUUGAGUUUUUCAAAUAUCAUUUUAAAAUAAUUUGAGCACCGCCAGUGGUAUUCAACAGAAGUCUCAGAGCAGAGAUCUAAAAAAAAAAAGAUUUUUAAUGUUGUGAUCCUCGUUAACUGACCCCUUAACAUCUUGGCUUGGAGAGGCUGUUGUCUAUUUUCACUUGCUUUACACAAAUAGGAAUUUGCAUACAUGUUAUCGUUCAUUUUUAAAACAUAAUUGGACCGUGUCUGACCCCAUAAAUGUGAUGUUAAUACAACCAGUUGCAAUCCCAGUGCCCCACCCCCACCCCCCGAUGUUGAAAUGCAGUGCACACUGUUCUGGCUGAUGUGACUGUUCUGCUGUUGAAUGGCUGUGGAACCAGAUUCCAGACAAAGGUCACCAACUGUCUUUAUGUAGCCUCACAGCUGUUGGCAUAUUAUUUUGCUCUCCAGAUAAAGACUGUAGUAGUGAUUUUUUUUUUUUUUUUUUUUUUUUUUUAACCUUUGCCUUAAAUCAAGCUUGCUCAGGCAAGGGAUUGCUUAUUCGCCACCCCUUUAACAACACCAUCUACCACUUACGUUAUGUUUGAAGAUUCAUCACAUGAUGGAGUAGCUUUCAUUCCUUUGGUUUGAUUACCAAAGUUAUUGAUUAAUUGAAAACAAUUUUUAAGCUUGUGGAAAGCUAGAAAGUUGUUGGUUUGUUAAAGGCGUCCUUGUAACUGUACAUUGUCAUUAGUAAAUUAAAGAAAGCUGCUUACACACCAUGCGCAGGCAGCUCUUUGUUUCUCUGGAUGUCCUAGCUAUUGUUGGUGCACUUGCAGUUCCAUACAUUUCACCAUUUUAGAAUUGGUCAUCCUAGAGGUGGUUGUUUUUAACUGUGACAACUUAAAUGUCGGCUGCUGCAGUACAUGAGUGGAUCUCUUCAGUGUUACAAGCCACAUUUCCUGGUCCCAAAUGCAAAUAAUGGUAGCAAGACAUAGAGGGAAUAUUUUGUGUCCUGCUCCCCCCCCUUCCCGUGCCACAUGUAGUGUUAAUCAUAUAUUUUGUUUUGUUGGUUUAAUAUUUUUGGGGUCAUCACUCCUCAGCAGCAAUAUGUUGUGUACUUCCUCUUUUGGUAAAGUUAUCUCAACCCAGACAGAUUUCAUGCAAGCCUUAAUAGACAGUGCUGCUUCAUUUUUGUGUGAAAAUGUAGAAGCUAACUGAGCCCCUGUGGUAGUGAUGGAUUGAAAAUUGAAAAAUGUCCUCCGGUAUAUAAAUUGCUGGGAUUAGUUGCCAAGUAGCUUGUUCUAAAGUUUUAACAUUAAGAAUUAAAGAGAAAUGAGAAUGGAUAGUCUGCUCUUAUGUACAAAGAGCUCUGUUUGUAAUCAGUUCACUUUUAUUUUUUAUAUAUAUAUAUAUAUAUAUAUAUAUAUAUAUAUAUAUAUAUAUAUAUAUAUAUAUAUAUAUAUAUAUAUAUAUAUAUAUAUAUAUAUAUAUAUAUAUAAACAAAAAAAUACUUUGAGUUCCUUUACCUCAAAAUUUGGUUCAGUAUCUUGGUAUCUGUUUGUCCUUUGAUCCCAAGAUACAGCAUCAGAUACGAAUGCAGUCCAACUCAUCCCGUCAUUCAGUAAAAAUCAUAUUCCACAGCAGAAAGGAUUCUAAGAAGUUUAAACAAGUAUUUGGGGAGAAAAAAACUUUUUACACUGGAUGUUUUUUAUUCAGCAAAGAAAUAUAACUGUAACUUGUGAUUGGUUUUUUUUCCUGAAGUGUAGAAUGGAAUCAAAUAUCAUAACAAAUUGACAUCACUUUUUUUGAAAUCUCGAAGAUAAUUCAGUUAGUGUCACCUCUUGCGUCAGCUUUUGUUUUGUUUUCUAAGGCUAUUUUUAUGUUUUCUUCGAUUAAACACUUGAGAAUAUUAAAGGAUUUAAUCACAAAGCCA